AUGGCAACUCCAAAAUUCAUCACAUGGUCACCACACCCUGAUCGCAACCAAUUCUUGGUUGGUGGUGCCGAACUAAAGCUGUAUGAAUGGAUACCAGAGACGGAUGAUCAACCUGCAAAGACACACUUUAUCUCCAGUGUCCCUAGUGAGACUCUUAUGAUGUGUGCAGAUUGGUCUCCUGAUCCCAACUGUCCAGACAUGAUCGCUGUUGGCUUAACCACCGGAAAAACUGUGUUGGUUAGCAUGCAAGACAAUGUCCAUCCAGAAACCUAUCCUGCCUCUGAGGGUGCACACACGCCAACAAAUGCAUUUAGACCGAUUACAAACAAUAACAACCACCAAAGUGCCCAAGAGUAUCCUACAUUGAGUGCAAAGAUGUCCAGACCAUGCAAUGUCGUAUCGUUUUCUAAAUCGCAUCCAAAUUUGCUGGCAACCGGACUUGAAAAGGCACGAAACUUUCCCUGUCUGCUUGUCUGGGAUGCAUCCCAAGCUAUGGACAGCUACAGUAGCACACCCACCGGUACCCAGACACCUACUGCACAAUACUUUCCGCGACAACGCCCUGUAGAUAUUCGUAGUGCGACAACAUCGAGCUGGAGACCAGAACUUUCUCACAAUCGAAAUAGUGAUUCUAUUAUUCAGGAUUCAAUAUUUGACAAGUCAAAAAUUACAGCAACUGUCAACCCAGAUCAAGGCAUACCGAUUAAAGGAUCAACAAGUAAUCGAGAACAAACGCCCAUUCAACAAUACGGUCCUGCAGAAAAUACUGUUUCAUGUACAUGGUCUGUGCAUUCUCACUCACCACUCUUAAUUGCUGGAAUGGGUUCCAGGUACCUUCGAGUAUAUGAUAUUAGAGUGGACUCGGGCGCAAAUCCCUUGCAAUUUUCCACAAAAGCGGUACACGGGACUAUCGUGGAUCCUUUUAAUCCUUAUCGUAUUGCUUCCCAUACUGAAGAAGGAGUUGUCAAGAUUUGGGACAUAAGAAAGACCACCGACUCUAUAUCCUUUUAUAUCUGUUUCUCUCCUUCGCGACAGGGAUCCCUUGCCAUACUAUCCAAAGACUCUAGCACUGUUCAGCUUUGGGACAUUCAAGAAACAAGCUCCCUCCAAUCUGUGAUCUCUUCGGAUGUUCGCUCCAGUCCAAUCCAGACUGCAUUUGAUGCUUCUGGAAUGUCUGCAUCUCGGUCAAGUAGAUUAGGCAGCCAGACUCCACGUGGUAUCCGAAGUCUUGUUUCUCAAAAAGACGACACCAUCAGUACACCUGUAUUGUGGAAAAGUCGAAGAACAAAUACAUCUUCCAGACCUCUUUCAUCAUUUACUUUUAUUCCUCCAAGUGUUCCUGGAAUGCCAUCCUCUACAUCUCAAAGAAUUUUGGCCAUGAACAGAGAAGGUCACCUUGAGACAAUUCGUUUACAAGAGGCAGCUGAGAUGACAUGGAAACCAACUGGUGGGAUGAUGAUAUCCAAAGGAAACGAUUUGUUAGCGUACGAUGCAACUUUACCGUCUGUAGAAGAGACAACGCAACAAAUGUCAAAAUUAAGAUUACAUGGUUUUGGUGAACUUCACAAUGAACGAAUGCACAUGAGAUCAGGACCAAUGAUGGAACAGGCUAUAGGAGAAGAAUUGCACAUGAGAAAGGUUCUUUCCAAGGACAUUUCUGUAGUGAUGAGAAAAAGAGUUGGCUUGGGUUAUUCCAUGGAUUGCGCAAAGAACAGUGAGAUCAUAAAGACUGACGACACUCUACAUGAACUCUGGACCUGGCUCGAUAGGGCUGAGAGAAUGUCCAAGGGUACAGCACAGAUUGGAAAUAUCGAUUAUAGCUUCCAAGGUGUUUAUGGAAUUUGGAUGGGACCAGGCUCUCAGGGACGCAAGGCGUCUCCGGCAUCAACUCCUCGACUAGGAAAUUCACAAAUGCAAGCUCGCCAACCUCCACAAAAACAAAAUCGGGGAAUGGCACCCGAAAAUGAUACCCAGGCUAAUUCGGGGGCAGUUCCAGAUGAGAAUGACCUUGGAAUGGUUUCUACAGCAAAACUUGCUCAAAGAAGACUUGCUUUAAAAGUGUGUGGGUUUGGGUUCAAUCCGGCUGAAUUAGAAAGCCAGUUGGUGAGACUUGAAUCUCGUGGUGAAUAUGACAAGGCAGCUGGGUGGGCACUUUUCCAUGGUAUUCCUGAAAGAGCUAUCCGUGCUCUACGAAGUGAAAGAGGCCUUGAAAGAGAUGAAACAGACCAGCAACGUAAACUUAUUUCUGCUGUCUUGGCUGGAUAUCAACCCAAUGCUUCCAAUAUUAACCCUACAUGGCGAGAACUGUGCGAAUCUUUGAGCAGAGACAUGCUAGAUCGCCCUUACUUGCGAGCCAUCUUUGCAUACAUUGCUUCAAACGACUGGUUCAAAGUGCUUGAUGAUCCUGGGUUACCACUUCGAGAGCGUAUGGCAAUUGCCCUGAGAGUAUUAAAUGAUGACCAGAUGACUUUGUAUUUGAAUCGUAGUGUCGAGCAGUUAGUUCAAGAUGGUGAUGUGGAAGGUGUGGUUGUUACCGGACUUACGAGCCGAGGUGUGGAUCUACUUGAACAAGCUUUGGAUCAUUAUGGUGAUGUUCAGACUGCAAGUCUUGUGAUGAGUUUUGUGGUCCCUCGUAGGUUUAAAGACAAGAGAGUUGAAGAUUGGGUGGAAAGUUACCGAACAUUGCUGGAUCGAUGGCAGUUGUGGCACCCCCGCGCAAGGUUUGAUAUUGAACGUGGAAAGUACAUGAAUUCAAGUGAGAUUGCGCCUCCUCAAAUAUAUGUCCGCUGUACAUUCUGUGCCCAGUCGUUGGGGCACAGUCUACUAAUCCAGAAUGUCCGGAACCGGGAAGGAAAACGUAUGAAUGUUCAGACAAAUGUAUCUCCUGCGUCUGGUGGACGUAUUUCUGGAAAACAAAAGUCUACAGUAUGCCCCAGUUGCCGUAAAUUACUCCCUCGAUGUGCUUUGUGCCUGCUCCAUAUGGGCACUCCUAUUGAUUCUUUACGCCAAGCGAUUGCAGCAAAUGAUGUUCACAAAGUUGAUCCGGCUGGAUUUGAUCUCUGGUUCACAUGGUGUCAGACCUGUCGGCACGGAGGACAUGCGGUACAUAUGGAAGACUGGUUCCAAAAACACUCUACAUGUCCAGUGAGUAAUUGCAUAUGUCAAUGUAAACUUGAACCCUAGAUUAUUCCACGUAUAUUUACACAUAUAUACAUUCACAUACUCACAUACUCACAUACUUGUACUAUCUCAUAUCUAAAAUCAUACACACAUUACAUAUAUAUAAUGUGGGCGUGUAUAAUGAGUGUAGUGUGUGAAUGUAUAUAAAGUAUGUGUAUGUUGUUACUGCUGUUUUUGCUGGUCAUUAUAUUUUUAUAUCUUUAUUUCUUUAUUUUCUAUUUCACUUGAUUCUUAUACUACCAAUUAUGUAUCUUGUAAAAAAAAAUUACCCCAAGAAAAUCUUGUAUAUUUUUUAUUUUUACUUUAUAUAAGUAUUUACACAUG